AUGAAUAUUGGUGGCAGUGCUUGUUUCUGUGUUUUAAGUUUUACUUAUGGGAUUGUUAAGCGGAGAUGGGGUCGAAAAGAGAACCAAACUGGACCUCAGUUUUUCAAGUUAUUUUCUUCUGCAACAGAAGCUGGAAGCAGACGGAAAUUUAUUGAAUUAGUAAUUGUUCUUCAAAUCGAUUGCAAUGAUGAUUCAUUUUUUGAGUGCUUAUAUGUAUCAUCUAAUGAUCAAUCAUACUCGGUAGCAGAGAUGUCGUAUAAAUUUUGUUUCAAUGGAUUAUCAGUUAUCAUUCUUUCAGUUGGCUUUCAAAUGACUUUCUUAGGUCUUUUUUCUUUUUUUUUGUUGAUUAUGUCUUGUACUUCCUCGUUGUGUGAAACGGUGGGGUUAGUACACCUGCACAUUGAGCAUACUUUACGGCUUUUUAUUUGGUUUUAUAGUGAUCACACCUCAGGUACACUUUUAAUCAAUUACAAAUUGAAGCCUUCGACACAUCUUCCAUGGCGAAUACUUACUAAUUUAUCAAUAAAUUUCUUGAUGAUUGCCUCGCCUUCGUUACUUGAGUGA